GGUGCGGCGCGGCAGGGAGGGGGGCACCACAAAAACUGCGCCCGACUUAAUUAUAAAGAGACAAGAAGCGCCAUCAAAUAGCGAUUCGUUAAAUCUACGCUCUGGUGUUAACACCGCGGAUGUCCCGUCCCUUUCCCGCCCGUACAGAACGAACAAGGACGGGUAUAGUUCGAGCCGAGCGUUUGUUAAGGGGCGGCGUCAAAGAUAUAAGGUUUAGAUUGACUGGGCGUUCUCUAUUCUGUGCUUUUUUGUUUGCGCCGAGAGCUUUUCAUUUGGUGUCGGGUCGCGCUCGCGGGCGCUCGUCGGCCAUGUGUGACUGAGCUCGUGAUGUAUUGACUGUUGGAGGCUGUCGUGUUGUGAACAUGUCGGAGUUGCGAGGAUCGCCGCCGUUGUCGCGGAACGCGCUGGAAAACGGCUUCGGAGCGCCGCUGGCCGCGCUCAGCUCGUUGGCGGAGGCGCCUCCUCCAGCGCCCAACCCUCACGGCAUCGACCACAUCCUGUCGCGGCCGGCGGUAGGAUCCAAUGUUGGUGCCGGGUUGUUGGCCCCGAGGCUGUCGCUGGCCGCGGCGGCGGCUGGCAUGGCGCAUUAUCUGCAGCACAAGCCGCUCUACUGGCCCGGCUUCCAGGGUCUGGUCUCCAAUCCCAUGGCCUGGCGUGACCGGUUGCAAUCUAUGAGCAACGGAGCCCUAAGCGCGUGCGCAGCGCAGUCAGGCGGCAUGGACAAGGAUGGCAAAAAGAAACACACGCGGCCCACGUUCAGCGGGCAGCAGAUCUUCGCGCUCGAGAAAACCUUCGAGCAGACCAAGUACCUGGCCGGACCCGAGCGCGCGAAGCUGGCGUACGCGCUUGGCAUGACUGAAUCGCAGGUUAAGGUAUGGUUCCAAAACAGAAGAACAAAAUGGCGGAAAAAGCACGCCGCCGAGAUGGCAACAGCGAAACGCAAGCAAGAGGAACUCGGCGAGGAGUGCGACGACCAGGAGACGCACGAGAACGACCAGUGCAGCGACGAGGAGGAAGCCAAGCGACCACGGCUCGACCUUCACCACCAGAUGCAUCUACCGCAUCACCGGCAGUGAUCUCUUGUUGGCACCGGCCAGGCCUGUGCUACAGAACUUACGGACAAUGUUAAAGUGAAUGAGUAUUAUAAUGUGUAUGACUAUGGACGGUUCGAGGAGACGCCGUGCGAUCUCUCGUAUGUGAGGAAGUGCGACGAGGUCCCGAGUACCAGCGAGUCAGUGGAUAGUGAACAUACCGAACUUAACGUCGAUGAUAAUCAGCCUAUCAAUUUCGCUUACUAUCAUUUUUAAGUCUUUCUUUGUUUUCUUCUUUUGUAACAACAGGAUUUCUUUAUCUUUCAUUGCUAGUCUGUUAACAGCCGUGUUUGUUAUUUUAUAAGCUAUUUUAUCAAGUUUCAUUUAAGAAGAGGCUAUCAUAAUGAAUUUAUUAUCUUAAUUUUUCUUUCUGGCUCAUCGACAUCUACGAAUAUAACUACAGUUAUUUUAAUGUUAGAGUUAUAGUUGAGUCUGUUUGGAAUACUGAUUAAGAAGAAUAACAUUUACUGAGAAAGAUUUUAGUUGUUACUGUUUAUAAAUAUUGUUCUCUGAAAUUAUAUUUGUUGAAUCAAUUUAUAUAAAAUUAUAUGCUAUUUUUGGUAUAUUAAAUUUGAAAAUAAAACAUAUAAUUAUCUAUCUACAUUCUAGAUGAAUGAUUUUUCAAAUUUUAAAUUAUGUGCAGAAGGAAAAUAAAACUCUACAAUCCUUUUAUAUUUAUAACACCACUUAAAGAUUAAUCAGUAUACUAAACAGAGUUAAAUUGUAAAUAUAUCUAUAUAAGUAGUGAUGUGAUAAAUAAGUAAUUUAUUAUUAAAUUUAGCUUUUACAUCGUACUUUGAAAUAUUGUAAACUUGGAGCUGAUUUUAAAGGGACAGAAGAUAGCUUUGCUGGUGGUAGGAUAUAUUGUAUAUCCGCCCGGAUAGCGACCACCGUUCACAAGGUGUUACAACCCGCUAUAGUGGCCCACGUAAGUGUGUCGCGUUCCGGGAUCAGCCUGUGUAUAUCCGGGUCCAAUAGGCCGGCAUACUUGUGUCAACUGCCGAGGGGUAAUCAUCUCUCGUCAGUCGACAUUCUAUUGGACUCCACUCCACUUACCAUCAGGUGCAUUGAAGUAACUUUGCCGCACAUAUAAAAAAGCACUACAAAAAUAGAUCUAUAGGUUUCUAAAUUAAGAGUCAUAAAUUCUUGAUCCACAUCUUAAAAGUCAUUCAAUGAUACUAAAACCACGUUUUUCUUAAAAUAAUGUAUGCACAAUUGAAAUUUCUUGAUGCCGUCGGAAUAAGAACCAUGACUCUUAUUCGCUUCUUUAUUUUAUUGGCACAGAACGUAAUUUCAUAUCUCAAAUAUUCCUUGGAGAUAAGUUUUAUAUGAUUUGAUAUAUUCCUUUUAAAUCGGCUCCCAUGUGUGGAAUAUACUUCCAGUGCCAAUUAAUCUGAUAGCUACAGUAUGUAAAUAUGUAUGUUUAUCAUAUUUUAAAUACAAUAUUAUAUUUUGCAGAUCAACAUCGAACUAUUUCAAUAAAUUUUUUGAUUGUUUUUUUCUUUGCGUUUCAUCGAAUAGUAACUAAAUUUAAUCUGUUUGCUGCAAUAUAAAACGAGCCUCGUUUUUGACUGCUGUCGAUAGUUACUGAAAAAAAAUUGUCCUACUCAGAUAUUUCUGACAGUUACUAGAAUAAUUUGUGUCGAGAAAUUCAGAAGUUACUGAAACACACUUUGUUUAACCUAAUAAUGACUACAUCAUGGUUCAUUUGCUUUCAAGCCAAUCAAACAUUAUCAAACAACAUCGAAAUAUAUUUUUUCCUAAUAUGUUUAACUAUUCUUGUACAGUUAAAAUUAUUUUACUUAUGUUACUGUAAAUAUAUUAAUUUUAAGGCGGUAAACUAUUUUAUUGAGAUCGAAUGGAAGGCAAUAUGUAUUGUACAUUAUAUUUAAGUGACUGUAAAUAGUUAUUUAAACGAAUUUAACGAAUGUAAUGUAGACUUCACACACUACGAUGCUUGAACAAACAGAUCUUACGACUUUUUGUAUUAGUAACUACAAAAAAUAAUCUAAUAAUAUAUAAUUUAUCACAGUUGGUAACGUUAUAAAACUAUAUAAAAAUUAUCUUUAAUAUUGGCAGAUGGCAAAUUAGCAUACUAUACCGUGAAAAUUUUAUUAGGCGUAGAAUAUCGCUAAUGCAACAAGUCGUAAAUGUUACACUAACAACAAUCAUGUAAGUUAAAAUAUAAAUGAGCUUCGGUAAUAUAAUACGCUUGUAAAUGCACGGAAAAUACAAUUUAUAAAUAGUUAUACGUCGGAAGCUUUGUGAAUAAACCCACCUAAUGUAUUGGUACAUUAAUAUCCCUAGAGAAACAAAAAAGCCUAUUAUCCUAACCAACCGUGUAUUUAUUUUAAAAACAGAAUAAAAAAUAUACUUUUCAAAAGAUACUAAAACUGUUCGAAUUUUGAAUUUUCAUAAGUUCAUUUAAAUCGGUUUCAAAAGUUACUGAAUUGUUUCUCGAGGGAUAGUAACUAACUGCAACUGACUGUUCAUCAGCGUGAGUGAACCUAUGGUUGAAAUAUAUGGUUAGUAAAAAUA